AUUGUUCAAUUCGAGAGGCUGGAGAAGAACUUCAGGCGCAAUGCCACGAAAGGCGCUCGACUCGCGCAUUCCGGCGCUGAUUCGAAAUGGGAUCCAGGAAAAGAAACGAAGCUUCUUUGUCGUUGUCGGAGAUCGAGCCAAAGAUGUUAUCGUUCAUCUUCACUAUAUCAUGUCCAGCGUCGACGUUAAGCAGAAUAAAUCAGUGCUCUGGGCGUAUAAAAAGGACCUGCUUGGCUUCACGACUCAUCGCAAGAAGAGAGAGAUGAAGAUAAAAAAGGAAAUAAAGAGAGGAAUACGCGAUCCUAAUACUGAUGACCCUUUCGAGCUAUUUAUUACUCUCAAUCAGAUCCGAUAUGUUUAUUACAAGGAGACUGAAAAGAUACUGGGAAACACAUAUGGAAUGUGUAUUCUGCAAGAUUUUGAAGCCCUGACGCCAAAUUUGCUUGCGCGGACUGUUGAGACCGUUGAAGGUGGUGGGAUAGUCAUUCUCCUUUUAAAGGGUAUGAAGAGUUUGAAACAGUUAUACACAUUAUCAAUGGACAUACACUCAAGAUACCGGACGGAAGCUCAUGACGAUGUCGUGGCCCGGUUCAAUGAACGUUUCAUCCUGUCCCUUGGUAGUUGCAACACAUGUCUUGUGGUUGAUGAUGAAUUAAACGUGCUUCCUAUCUCUGGCGGGAAGGCAGUGACACCUCUACCACCUGUCGAUCCAGAGGAGGAAGCCAACUCCCCCGGCAAAAAGGAGUUACAGUCUAUAAAGACAGAAUUGGAAGACACACAACCAGUAGGGUCAUUGAUUAAACUAGCCAAGACUGUCGACCAGGCAAAGGCAUUGCUCACGUUUGUAGAUGCCAUUGCAGAAAAAACGUUGCGCAGUACUGUUACCUUAACUGCCGCUCGUGGACGUGGAAAAUCAGCAGCUCUCGGUGUGGCUGUUUCUGCUGCCAUUGCUCAUGGCUAUAGUAACAUCUUCAUCACCUCUCCUAGCCCAGAGAAUUUAAAGACCCUCUUUGAGUUCGUAUUCAAGGGAUUUGAUGAAUUGGGCUAUCUUGAUCAUGUUGACUAUACCAUCCUCCAGUCAACAAAUCCGGAUUUCAACAAAGCCAUUGUUAGAGUCAAUGUUCAUAGGCAACAUAGGCAAACUAUACAGUAUAUACAACCCCAAGAUGCCUUUGCCUUGGGACAGGCUGAACUCUUGGUCAUUGACGAAGCUGCGGCAAUUCCUUUACCAUUAGUACGAAAAUUGAUGGGUCCUUACCUUGUGUUUAUGGCUUCGACAAUCAACGGAUAUGAGGGUACUGGGCGGUCUCUAUCGUUGAAGCUAAUACAGCAAUUGCGGGAACAGUCAAGAGGAGGGGCCAAGGCGAAUGGUGCAGAUGAUACCGAUAUCACCGAUCGAUCUACUGGGAAGCCAGCAAAGAAGGAAGGGGGCUCCCAUCCAGGUGGUCGAACACUACGCGAGAUAACACUGUCUGAACCAAUUCGAUACACCCAGGGAGACUCUGUGGAAAAGUGGCUUAAUAAACUCCUUUGUCUUGACGCAACUUUGCCAAAAUCGAAAUUGAAUACCCAGGGGUGUCCACAUCCAUCCCAAUGCCAACUGCUUCAUGUUAAUCGCGAUACUCUCUUUUCUUUCCAUCCUGUUUCCGAAAAGUUCCUACACCAAAUGAUGGCCCUAUACGUUGCUAGCCAUUACAAGAAUUCUCCCAACGACCUCCAACUUAUGAGCGACGCACCAGCUCACCAGCUCUAUGUCCUGGUGCCACCUGUCGAUGAGAAUGCAACAAAGCUGCCUGAGCCACUAUGCGUCAUCCAGGUCGCUUUGGAAGGCCAGAUAAGCAAACAAAGCGUAUUGAACAGCCUAAGCCGUGGUCAAAGAGCGGGUGGUGACCUUAUUCCUUGGCUUGUGAGCCAGCAGUUUCAAGAUGAGGAUUUUGCUGGUCUCUCUGGAGCCCGAAUUGUACGAAUAGCUACAAACCCCGACUAUAUUGGUAUGGGUUAUGGUUCUCGCGCUUUGGAAUUGCUUAUCGACUUUUUUGAGGGCAAGUUUGCGAGCUUGUCAGAGGAUGAGAAUCCGGAGCCUGAAGAAAUGGUUCGUGUCACAGAUGCUGAAUUGGAAGAGUCUAACCUUCUGGAUGAUAAUGUCCAUGUAAGGGACAUCCAGUCAAUGCCACCUCUCUUUGGAAAGCUCUCUGAACGACGGCCUAACUCCCUUGACUACGUUGGCGUUAGCUUUGGUCUAACACAGCCUCUACAUAAAUUCUGGAAGCGGUCCCAGUUCGCACCAGUAUAUUUGAGGCAGACUGCCAACGACCUUACUGGAGAACAUUCCUGUGUCAUGAUCCGCACUCUUUCAACUGGAUCCAAUGAUGCUUCUUGGCUUGGAGCAUUUGUGUCUGAUUUCCAUAAACGCUUCCAGUCGCUGCUAUCAUAUCAGUUCCGUGAAUUCCCUUCGGUCAUGUCUUUGAGUAUGAGCGAGUCAGCUACCGCAGUCUCGAAGUCCGAUCCCUCUCUUAAACCAUCUCCUGUUACAAAAACGGAUGUCGAUGCUGUGUUUUCUCCAUUCGACCUUAAACGCCUUGACAGCUACGCGAAUAACUUGCUAGACUAUCAUGUCAUUCUGGACCUAGUUCCAGCAAUAGCGUCACUUUACUUCUCAGGGCGUUUAACCCCAGGUGUCAAUCUCUCGGGAGUCCAACAAACCAUUCUUUUGGCCAUUGGUCUACAGCGCAAGUCCUUUGACGAUGUGGAAAAGGAGCUCAAGGUAGCUGCAUCCCAACUCAUGGCAAUGUUCAUUAAAAUAAUGAGAAAAAUAUCCACUCAUUUCCGUUCUGUACUUGAAGAAGCCGUGGCGGACACAUUGCCUACAGCCAAUAAAGCUAUAGCUCAUGGAGAGACAACUGAGGCCCAUGAUGAUAAGAUUAUCGAAGAUCGAUUCCGCCCUCUCGAGGUCGAUCUGGAGGAUGAACUAAAGGAAGGUGGACGAGAAGUUGAUGCUGAGCUACGAGAGAAACAGCGAGCUUUGAUUGAUGCUCUUCCAUUGAACCAAUAUGAAAUUGAACACGGAGCUGCCGGGUGGGAGGAAGCCGAGAGGCAGAUUCGUACAUCAAAGUCCAAAGACGGCAGCAUCAAAACAGUGAGCGUUAAGUCUUCUGCAAAACGAAAGGUUGGUGAGACUGCAAGGGAUAUAUAUGAAAAGGAGAUUGGUAGCAAGGAGAGGAAGAAGAUAAAAAAAGGAACUGAGGGCCGAAGAAGGGAUUGA